AUGCUGUCCAUUCUCACCAUCCCCCUCCUCUUCCUCCCCACCCUCACCACCGCCCUCCGCUCCUGCCCCCCCACCACCAACUCUUCCACCACCCCCAAAAUCAACCACCACACCACCCUCACCACCACUACCCACCCCUCCCUCAUCCACCUCGACAUGCAUGGCCGCUCAACCAUGCACAUCGGCCCCAGCCCCCUCUACUUCGCCCUCGAGCGGCCCGAACAACCCUGGAAUCUCACCUCCCGCCCCGACGGCAGCCGCCUCUACACCCGCACGCUCACUGACUUCCUUGUCCCGCACGUCGGCUGCGACCUCGACGCCGAAGCACAGAUCUGGCCCAACUCCGGUAUGGACCCCAAGGCGGCGCGCUGGGCGCUCAGCGAUCUAUUCCUCGAGACGUUCAUCGCGACGAACGCGAGUUUUUUUAUCGGGGAGUUGUGGAGUGAGAGGGUGUUUGUGAUGCCGCAGCGGUGGGAAAUGGUGGUGGAGUGCGAGGAGGCGGACCGACGGUUGGCGCGAUGGAGGUAUCGUGUGGAGUGUCCGGGGAAUCCGACGGCGGUGCGGGUGGAUGAGAGGUGGUGUGGGAGGGUGAUGGAGGAGGUGGAGGGGACGUGCAGGGGGGAGUUGCAGGGGCGGUAUGAGGAGUUGAAUGUGCAUAGUCUGGAGGCGGUAUGUGAUGGGUAUGUCCCGGAUGGAGAGAUUCGUAAAAUGGAGGUGGGGAGGUGA